CAGUCAAGAGGAGUAGGCGUGCUCUCUUGUGCGCUGCAUCGUUUGAUGAUCUCCCCGGUUUCACCCCCCUGAAACUCCACUCUCUGCUCUCUGCGGGUGAGGUCUUUGAAACAGAGCGACUGAGCGGACUUUCCCUCUCCGGAGCAGUCGAGCUCGACUUUUCGAGCCGAGCAGCAGAGCCGUGUGCGCCGCACCGGUCAGCGGGGCCACACCGCGGCACUUUGGAUAACUCACACAGCUGAGGAUCCUGCCGUUUUACCAAGGCACAUCGCACAUCCCCGCACCAAGAACAGCCGAACACACAUUGCCAUGAACGAUUUAGUCAGUCAGCAUAGGUGACUUUUGAUUCCUUCCAUUUUUUUUUUAUUCUCCCUUUCAUUUUUUUUUUUUUUUUUUGUGGAUUCUCUGGAGGGGGACAAAAAAUCCACGGUGGCAGCAUAAAGCCCAAAACUCGCACUGUGCGCGUAGGGAGGGUAUUUUUGCCCCAAGAUGCAGGUGGAUCGGAGCUGUGUGGUUUCCAGUGCGUGGUGUGCCUGUCUGCUUUUACUUUUCUCAACUCUAAGCACCAGGGUCACUGGGGUGGGAGGAACCCACCAAAGCAUCCCUCCGUCCGUGGUGAAGCUUUGGGCUUCAGCGUUUGGGGGGGAGAUGAAGUCCAUUUCUGCAAAGUACUCUGGCUCCCAGCUGCUGCAGAAGAAAUACAAGGAGUUUGAACGGGCAGUGCGGGUGGAGGAGAUUGAUGGGCUGCGGCUGGUAAAGAGGCUGGCGGAGGACAUGGAGGAGAUGUUUCAUAAGAAAGCCCAGGCAAUGAAGAGACUAGUAGAGGCGGCAGAGGAAGCCCACCUACAGCACGAGGAGGAUCCAAACCUACAGUAUGAAUACUUCAAUGCAGUGUUGAUCAACGAGGUGGAUGAAGAGGGGAACAGCGUAGAGCUGGGAGGAGAAUUCAUCCUGCAGCCCAAUGACCACUUUAACAACCUGUCAGUCAACCUCAGUCUCAGCGUGGUCCAGGUGCCCACCAACAUGUACAACAAAGACUCUGCCAUUGUCAAUGGAGUGUACUGGUCCGAGGCCUUGAAUAAAGUGUUUGUGGAUAACUUUGAGAGGGACCCAUCACUCAUAUGGCAGUACUUUGGCAGUGCCAAAGGGUUUUUCAGGCAGUACCCAGGGAUCAAGUGGAAGCCAGAUGAACACGGGGUCAUAGCUUUUGACUGCCGUAAUCGGAAGUGGUACAUCCAGGCUGCCACUUCUCCAAAGGAUGUGGUCAUUCUGGUGGAUGUCAGCGGCAGCAUGAAAGGCCUCAGGCUGACCAUCGCCAGGCAGACUGUCUCCUCCAUACUGGACACUCUUGGAGACGAUGACUUUUUUAACAUCAUCGCUUACAAUGAGGAAUUGCAUUAUGUGGAGCCGUGCUUAAAUGGAACUCUGGUCCAAGCAGAUGUCACCAACAAAGAUCAUUUCCGGGAGCAUCUAGACAAGCUGUUUGCUCAAGGCAUUGGUAUGUUAGACAUAGCUCUGACUGAGGCCUUCAAUCUUCUCAGUGACUUCAACGAGACCGGGAGGGGUAGUGAGUGUAGCCAGGCCAUAAUGCUGGUGACAGACGGGGCUGUGGACACAUACGAUGCCAUCUUUGCCAAGUAUAACUGGCCAGACAGGAAGGUCCGCAUAUUCCCUUACCUGAUUGGUCGAGAGUCAGCCUUCGCAGAUAAUCUGAAAUGGAUGGCAUGUGCUAACAAAGGCUACUUCACUCAGAUUUCCACAUUGGCAGAUGUGCAAGAGAAUGUGAUGGAGUAUCUUCACGUGCUGAGUCGUCCCAAGGUUAUCGACCAAGAGCAUGACACGGUGUGGACUGAAGCCUACAUCGAUAGCACUCUCCCCCAAGCACAAAAGUUGGACGAUGGUCAAGGUCCGGUUCUAAUGACCACAGUUGCAAUGCCAGUGUUCAGUACCAAGAACGAGACUAGAAACCGUGGCAUCCUGCUAGGGGUGGUUGGGACAGAUGUGCCUGUCUCUGAGCUGCUCAAGACCAUCCCCAAGUAUAAGCUGGGCAUUCACGGCUACGCCUUUGCAAUCACCAACAACGGCUACAUCCUCACCCAUCCAGAUCUACGGCCACUUUAUGGAGAUGGCAAGAAGCGAAGGAAGCCAAACUACAGCAGUGUGGAUCUGUCUGAGGUGGAAUGGGAGGAUAAAGAUGACACGCUGAGAAAUGCCAUGGUCAACAGGAAGACAGGGACCUUCUCCAUGGAGGUGAAGAAGAGUGUUGACAAAGGGAAACGUGUGCUGGUGUUGCAUAAUGAUUACUACUACACAGACAUCAAGGGGACUCCUUUCAGUCUAGGGGUAGCUCUUUCCAGAGGCCACGGGAAGUUUUUCUUCAGAGGGAAUGUCACAGUGGAGGAAGGACUUCAUGACUUGGAGCAUCCUGAUGUAGCGCUGGCAGACGAAUGGACAUAUUGCAACACAGAUGAGCACCCAGAGCACCGCUACCUGUCCCAAAUAGAGGCAAUCAAACUCUACCUCAGUGGUUACGAACCCCACCUACAAUGUGACAAGGAGCUGAUUCAGGAGGUUCUCUUUGAUGCGGUGGUGACUGCGCCUUUAGAGGCCUACUGGACAAGCCUUGUGCUCAACAAGUCUGAGAACUCCGAUAAAGGGGUAGAGAUAGCCUACCUGGGUACAAGAACGGGCCUGUCCAGAAUAAACCUGUUUGUGGUGCCUGAUGAACUUACAAACCAAGACUUCCUGACAGCUGAGGACAAAGAGGGGGUGUUUAACGCCGAUCACUUUCCCCUGUGGUACAAGAGAGCAGCUGAACAAGUUCCUGGUACCUUUGUCUACUCUCUACCUUUCAACACAGGAUCAGAAAACAAGAGUGUUGUAUUGGCCAGCACUGCCAUUCAGCUUCUGGAUGAGAGGAAAUCGCCCAUAGCUGCGGCCGUGGGCAUCCAGAUGAAACUGGAGUUCUUUCAGAAGAAAUUCUGGACAGCCAGCAGACAGUGUGCAGCAUUAGAUGGAAAAUGCUCCAUAAGCUGCGACGAUGAGAACAUUAACUGCUACCUGAUUGACAACAACGGCUUCGUUCUGGUAGCAGAGGAUUACACUCUGACAGGGAAAUUUUUUGGAGAAGCAGAAGGAGCUGUAAUGAGUAAGCUUCUGCAGAUGGGCUCUUUCAAGAGGGUCACGCUGUACGACUAUCAGGCUUUAUGUUGGGUUUAUUCAGAGAGUAGUGACAGCGGACACACACUGUUGGAUCCUUACUUUGCUUUCUUCUCAGCCAUGAAGUGGAUCCUGACUGAGCUUGUCAUAUUCCUGGUCGAGUUCAACUUGUAUAGCUGGUGGCACUCGGACCUUACAGCAAAAGCUCAGAGGAUGGGUCGGACCAUGCAGGUACCGUGUGACACAGAGUACCCGGCCUUCAUCUCCGAGAGAACCAUCAAAGAGAACACAGGCAACCUUGACUGUGACGGCUGCAUCAAAGAAACUAAUUGGAUGUCUUUGUUGUCCAUUUCUCUAUUGGCCAAAAUCAAUUGAAGCCAGAGCACUAGGAGACCAUGUCAAGAAGAAGACAGUCUUUGCGUCUGUGUGAGUGAGUGUGCAUGAAUGUCUGUCUCUGUGCCUAUUGUGCACAUCCUCGUGUGUGUCGAAGUGUGUGCAUUCAUAUGCGGUGUAGUGCUUCCCAUCCCAGCACCGGUUAUGUUCAAGGCCAGCAGCUGUGCUGUCAGGAUGUGUUUAAGUCUUUUCUCCAAAAACACUUGCUCUGCUUUCUAUCAGCGGGCUGAGCUGGGCCAGCCUGGCGCUGGGCAGGGGUGAGCACGGAUUAUUUUAAACAUCAGCAGAUCCUAAUUCGCCCUGAUUGGAACUGGCCUGGCCUAUUUGCUGGGAUGAUUUGAUUGGGUUUGGUUGGUCACGGUGGGAUAAUUGUAUUAGAGUGCGGUGGCUUGGUGCUACUCAGGGAUUGGAGGCUGUUUGUGGUCAGAUUAAAUUGGUCAUGGUAUUGAGUUAGUAAGAAUGGAGAUAUUCCUGUAGAUGCUAGGUCUAGGUUUGAUCAAUCAGGUCUAUCAAGCUCUUUGUCUGAGUGACUCUUUCACAAGAAUUAAAAAAGCGUGUGCACAUAUGCAGUAUUUCUGUGUGUUCAGUCACACGUGCAUGUUCUCCUACGUGUCUGAUAAAUGCCUCACAGAGAACCUGAUAAAUCACCCUGCCGCGGCAAAAGAGAGGGAGGGAGAGAAGUGAGAGAUAAAGAAAGAAAGGGUGACAGAAAGAAGAGAUCAUUUUUACGACCCCUCUUCUUCAUAAAGCUUAUUCAUGGUCAUAAAUCACUGGCCAGGAGGCUGAGACGAGGCCUGAUCUCUCAGGCCAGUAAAGCGCAGCCAUGGGAAGCUAUGAGCACAAAAGUGUGGUUCCCAUUUGUCUCCCUUUGGAGUGUUUUAUAUUCGGCAACACUUCAUUGGUGCUUGCCUUAGAUAGGAAAAAACAAAGACAAAAGAGAAGGAAGGGAAGAGGAAGAGGAGAGGAUGGAGUGAGUUAAAGAAGUAUGUGUGUAUACUUUAUAUGUGUCUGUUGGUGUGAGUCUGUCUGUGUCCAUGUAUGUUUAUUGACAGCUGGCGGUGAGACAAGUCAUCUUCUUGACAUGGAUCCAGUGGAGUCUCUUCAGUGCAUCUCCCUUCCACCAGGGGAGAAUGUGAACACUCAUAACACAAAUCCUCUGACACACAUGGAAAUUUACAUCAUACCCAAAGCGCCUUGUCUACUUGCCAAUCCAACUCUCAAUCCUCUCCCUUCUUCCUUCCUCAUCUUUUUUUCUUUCUGGCUGUGUGUGCUGUGAUUGGCAGGUCCUUUGUGAUCCAGCAGAUCCCCAGCAGUAAUCUCUUCAUGGUGGUGGUGGACAACAAGUGUGACUGCAGCAUGUUUGAGCCAAUCACCAUGGACCCCAUCGAAA